AUGUACCAGGACGAGCUCCUCGACGCCGGUGGCCUCUAUGAACUCGGAGGGGCCUGGGUCAGGUUCGACGCUGGAGCAUUGGUUUCGAAAGUUGCCUUUGCUUCCGACUUCUCUGCCGUCGAGAUCCGGAAUCUUCCACAGGGCAGCACCGUCGCAUUUGUCCAGGAGUUGCUGGAGGAUGUGGGCAUGCCUACACAGGGGCUUGAUAUAGCCCUCUUCGAGCAGCCGGUGUGCAAGCGGUACAAUGCCAUUGUCAAGGCCGAGGAUUCGAUGUUCGCCAAAACAGCCAGCAGCAAGCUGGCCACAUACAUCACCUACCGGGGCCUCCAGGCAUUUCCCGUUCCCCCGGCUUUGCCAGCAAGCCAGAGCCCCCAGGUCGACUGUCGUGUGGUACACUGCUCCUGGGCCCGGCCGACGCGAAGUGCCAAGCUGCUCUUCAGUACCGAGAACGCUGCAAACGAGCUGCUGAAGAGGGCCAUGGACGGAACGUUGAUGGUGCUCGGAAGCAGAGUGCAGGCGAGCGUUGAGGGCUCCCAGGACAGACGGAUAGUGCAACUCACCGGACUUCUCGAUACAGCGGAAGCGCCAGACGUCGUGGCAGCUAUUCCAGAGUCUGAUCGUCCUCUCAAGGUCUUGGUCAAGGUUGCCGAUCACGCUUGCGACCUAGAGUACAACGCCUCGGUUGUCAAGACGAUGUUGCAGCGGUUUGGUCCCGUCACGCGCUGGGUGCUGCCUCCAAGCAACGAUACCCAGCGAUUCCAUGCGUACGGCCUCUUCCAAGAGGAGUCAAUGGCAAGAAACGCCGCCGCUGCUUUGCACGAGAAGCUUCUGCCCUUUGGAAAGGCAACGACGCUUUCGGUUUCCAUCGUGGCAUCGGUCAAGUUCAAGCUCCUGGAUCAAAUCUACAAGUGGAUACGGUCGAGGAUCGUUGCACAGCAGCCAUUCUGGGAGCGGGAGCAGACCUAUUUCCAUGAAGGUCGUCCCGAGGGGCAUUUCCGAUGUCUGAGGCUUGAAGGCGAGGACCAUGAUUCCGUGGCUCGAGCGAGACACUUCGUCGAGAAAGCCAUGAGCGGAGACAUUGUGAGACUCGAGGCGAAAGACGUCCGGUUCUGCAGUCUCUUUGCUCAAGAUAUGCCCACCGGCGUACUGGGGACUUUGGAAUGGGCCUGCAAUGUGCUCAUUGUGCCCGACUUGCGCAGGUCGCUCUUCCGCAUCUACGGAGAUGACGAACUGGACCAAGAGACUGUCGAGACAAUCGCGACAGCACUCCAGAAGAGGGUUCCUGAGAGCCACGCCAUCGACCUCAACGGCGAUCCCACUUCCGGCUUGAACUGUCCGGCGUGCUUCUGCGAGCCUGAAGAGCCCGUUCGCAUGUCCUGUGGUCAUGUCUACUGUGGCCCUUGCUUCGUUCGUUGCUGUGAGGCUGAAAUGAGGGCAUCGAAAGAGUUUCAGAUUCGCUGCCCGACAGAUACUGACCGUGGGGGUCUUUGUGGAAAGGCUUUCUCCCUUACGGAGCUUCAGGAGUCUCUUCCGUCGGGGCUUUUUGAGCAAGUCCUCAAAAAGUCCUUUGAGUCCUACGUCAGCCGUCGUCCGGCCGAGCUCGCGUACUGCGCAACUCCCGACUGUGACCAGGUAUAUCGGAUUCUCCCCCCUGACUCCGACCAUCCCGGCAUCUUUACAUGCAACAAGUGUCUGAGAUCUGUCUGCACAAUCUGCCAGGAUCCGCACCCGGAAGGGCCUUGUACUGGCCUCGAACGCGAUCCCAACAGUGUGCUUGACAAGAAGACAAAGAGGCAACUUGGCAUCAAAGACUGUCCGAGAUGCUCGCGCAUGAUGGAGAAGUCUGACGGGUGCGACCACAUGAUAUGCGGCUGCGGAGCUCACGUCUGCUGGGUAUGUCUUUCAUCCUUUGACACGAGUGCAGAAUGCUACAACCAUCUGCAGAGGGUCCAUAGGGGGAUAUACUUUCACUAG